ACAUUCAGAAAUAAUGUUACAUUCUUGUAGCAUAUUUGUGUUGGCUGGCAUACAGAUGAUCUCUCAGCAGUGAUGUCAGCAAAUGUCAGAAGAGAACUGACUCAUAACCGCUGAUUUCUAAUGUGUUUUCUGUAUUAUUAUUCGGGAUUCAUGAGGGUCGUGUUUCCAGCAUCAGUGUUUGUGUUGGGAGCGCGCAUGCGCGUGUUCACCGGGACGCGCAGCUCGAGAUUCUUCUGCAUCUGGAGGAAAACAUGCGAGCGUUAACAUGUGUGAUCGUCAUGAGAGGACACGCCGCACACCCGUGACCCGGUCCGCUUCGGAGGAUGUCCGGGAGCGCGGCGGCGGACGCGGACGGAGGCGUGAAUAAAGUUCAAGUCAAACGGCAGAUCAGGUGCAUCGUGGAGGAUCUCGAGAACAUCUUGGGAGACCUGAAGGAUGUGGCGAAGGAACUCAAAGAGGUGGUUCAGGAGAUCGACUGUCUGACGUCUGAUCUCCGUCUGGAGGAGGAUUUAACAGACAGCUCUAAGACGGACACGCUCAACAGCAGCUCCAGCAGCACCACCACCACCACGGCCUCCAGUGUCGACCGCGUCAAGAUCUACCCUGAGGAGAUGCUCUUCAGACCGUCGGCCGUCCCUCCCGCCGUCCUCACUGUCCUGAAGAGACCCACGCCGCCGCUCCCUCCCCCCCGCACCACCCCAUCCAGAGCCGAGGAGAUCACGGCCAACGGCGCGCUGAUGCGGAAUGGAGCGCCGCUCAGAGACUCUCUGUGUCGCGGCCCGAAAAGCCUUGUCGAGAAAGGUCACGCGAGCCGCUGUCCUCAAACCACGAGGGAGCGCGUACGCUUCAGCGAGAAAGUCCAGUAUCACGGCUACUGCCCCGACUGCGACCUGCAGUACGACAUGAACAACACGGAUCUGCACUUACACGCCGAACUGAUCGAUGGCAAACCUAGUCCCGUACAUCAGUGCUCGAAUGCGGCACUCGUGGAGAACGGAGGCCUCGCUUUCCCCUCGCAGAAACCACAGAAGACCAUUUUACGCAAGUCCACCAGCACGACCGUUUGACGCAGACUGAAUCUAAACACACUUCUCUUUAUAGUUUCUUUUUGUUUAGAGAGACGCUGCAGAGGAGAAACCAGAGAAAGACAGAACGGGACAUGUUGAAUGGUCUCUCAUUCGCUGAUCAUCUUCAUCUCAUCACGUUAGCUUCGGCCAGCGCUCGCGGCUCCUGACAGAAAGACCCGGAGGCGGCCGGAGAAACGUGGGAUUCUAAUGGAAAUCACAUCGGUGUUCUUCACAGCGGCUCCGCGGGGGAACGAGCGAGCGAGCCCCAGACCAUCCCGGAGCGUUUGAUAACCUCACCCUUUAAAGAAGAGCCGCCGCUGCUAGAGAAGAAAAACCAAAAACUACUACUAAUAAUCCACCAUAACGAAGAUCACGACUACAGUCAAACGCUGCCAGAGAAUCAGAAGUUUGUAAAGACCUUCUAUGUUUUUGUACAGAAAACCUUCAAAUACAAGAAGCAUAUUUUUGAUAUUUUCUAAGAUGAUUUUAAAGAUGUCACACAGUAUAU